AUGACCACACUCGAACUCAACUCUGCGCAAGAGUUUAUAUUUGACGGAGUUUCAGAGCCCAACAGCACACCAAACGAGUUCUUUCUGGUGCAGCAACAGAAACUUGAUCGGUUUGACCAGCUUUCGCCGUUUCCUUAUGAGUUAUUGGACAAGAUAAUUGGGUACGUUUAUUACAACGAUCCGGACAACAUCUACUCGUUGAACUCGAACAUCAAGGACUUUUGCAAGUCGAUCAGCUUGGUGAACAGCGCUUUCUAUCUUCUGAGUCUCAAGUAUGUUUUCCGGUACGGCAAUUUUACAAGAUCCACAUUUUUCGACCGGUUCCUGAAAGACCUUCAAAAGAACAAUCUAUUGGGCUGUUAUGUCCAGCACUUGGACUUUUCCGAGUUCACAUCGGUUGGGCUGGGAAGAACUGGCCAGAUGAUGCAGGAAAUCCAGAUGGUGACCCACAAGACCAUUCUGGAGUGUCUACAGUACGCACCGAACUUGACCGAGUUUCUGGCCAGCGAGAGCAUCGAGGGCGACAUCGACCACUCGAUCGUGGACUACUUGUUUAACAAGCUGCCGAAACUACAAAGCAUUGAUUUCUGCGGGUCCAGCGGGGUCCGGUUCUCCCAGAGUUUCCAGGACCUGGAAAUUGCCGGCAACAGCAACAUCAAAAACCUCUCUUUCCACGAAUGCACCGACCUUUCGAACAAAGCAUUUACCACCAUUCUACAAAACCUCACAGCAUUGGAACGACUCGAUCUUAGUCAUACUAGCAUUAGCAUUCCGGAUCUUGACAAAAGUCUCCAGGACUCUACAAGACUCACCCAUCUUUCACUUGCACGGUGCUCUCGGUUAGGUGCCGCGCGGCACCUGAUUGAGUUUUUAACAAAACACCCCGCCGUCAGCCAGGAUUCUCUGCUGUGGCUUAAUUUGCAAGUUGACACAACAAUAGCAUCCCCGUUUAAUAAUUACACACUCAAAUUUUUGCUCGAGAACGUCAAUGCCUCUGAUCUUCGCUACUUGAACCUUGCUGGAAUCGACGUUGAGCCGCAGCACCUGAUGCUGAUCUCGGAGCGGUUCCCGAUGCUCGAGAGCCUGGUGAUUGCUCAUUCGCAGAUCUCGAUCGACGACCUGAUCCUUGUGCUACCCCAGAUGCCGAACCUCCGGUUCCUUGAUUUGACCGGGAACAAGUACAUCACCCGGUGGACUCUGGAGAACCCGAAGCUGCUCACAUGCGCUCCGAAGCUCGAGGCCAUCGAGGUGGCCUACAAGGUGGUGGACCUGCUCGACGAAACCUCAGGCAAGCUGAGAGUUUACGGCGACAACACCAUUGAGAUCUGGAAGAGUUACAACGACAACAGCCAGGGCAGACGCGCGUGGGUGUUCAAGCUGAACGAGGAGCAGCUGAAGAAGGAGCUGGAUGGCCAGUCUCUAAACUUCAACAACAACCUUGUUUACUUUGACAUCAAGACAGGCCAGAAGAUCAUGCAGAAGAUUGAGCGGCCCGGGUUCUUGAAGUACGCCUCGCGUAAGAUCAGCAGCAGCCGUGGGCUUUUCCAGGACAAGCAGCUUGCUUUCCCGGCAGAGUUUACCGAGCGCGGCAUCUACAAGUACUACUCGCUCAAUAAGUAG